AUGAAGGUCACCACGCCUGGCCUUGUGCCAGUAUACACCGUCUCCGGCGCAUCUACAGGCAGGCCGCUGCCAGACUGGCUCGCCCGCAGGAGGAAGAGAAGUUUGAAAUAUGACCCCGAAUAUUCAAACCGAGUCGAGCUGCUUCAGGACUUCGAGUUCGAAGAGGCUAGUGUCUGUGUCAGGGUCUCGGAAGAUGGGCAAUGGAUCAUGAGCACAGGCACAUACAAACCGCAAAUACACACGCACGAUCUCAGCCAACUCUCCCUCAGUUGGGACAGACACACCACCAGUCUCAAUCAGUCUUUUGUCCUCCUCAGCCAGGAUGCCUCCAAGUCGCUUCACCUCCAGUCCGACCGCAAACUCGAGUUCCACACCUUGGCCGGAUGCCAUCACGAAAUACGGUUGCCGCGUUACGGCCGAGAUCUUGUCUACGACCGCAACUCGUCCGAGGCUCUCGUCGCAGCUACAGGACUGGGAUCGAACGGUACUGGAGAGGUAUUCCGCAUGAACCUUGUCGAGGGCAGAUUCAUGAAGUCUUACGAGAUUGAUGUGGGAGGCGACGAAGGAAUCGAGGCUGGUUUGCAGGGCAGUGUUGAGGCUGGCUGCGUGAGCGCGGCUGCUAUCGCUGAAGACACCCACAACUUGCUGGCCUUCGGAACAUCAAAGGGCUCGGUCGAGAUGUUCGACCCACGCGUCAGAUCAAAGGUGGCUGUUCUUGAAGGUUUGGAGGGACAAGUCACGGCCUUGGAUUUCAAUCCCUAUUCUGGGCUCUCUCUGGCAAUAGGUACCAGCCAGGGUAUAUGCUCCGUCUUCGACCUCCGGCGACCGGUGCCUCUACUACGAAAGGAUCAAGGCUUCGGCUAUGCUAUCCAAAACAUUCUGCAUCUCAAGACUGCAUCCCAGGAGAGGAAAAUAUUGACAUCCGACAAGAAAAUCAUCAAAAUUUGGGACGAGACGAGUGGCGAGGCCUGGACACAUAUAGAGCCCAUUACCGACCUGAACUUCGUCCAGUGGGUCAAGGACACGGGCACACUUGUGACCGCAAAUGAGGGAAAGCAGCAGCACGUGUUCCAUAUCCCAUCCCUGGGUUCAGCACCGAAGUGGUGUGGAUUCCUCGACAACAUGGUGGAAGAGAUGACCGAGGAGGCCCGCACGGAGACAUACGACAACUACAAGUUCUUGACCCUGCCAGAGCUGAAGGCCCUCAGCCUGGAUCACCUGAUCGGGACCCCUACGCUCCGCCCGUACAUGCACGGUUACUUUGUCGACACGAAACUCUACGAGCAGGCGCACCUGGUUGCCAACCCGUUCGUGCUCGAGGAGGAGCGCCAGAAGAAGAUUCAACAGAAGGUGGAGAAGGAGCGUGCGAGCAGGAUCCGUGGCACCAAGAAGGUCAAGGUCAAUCAGAAGUUGGCGGACAAGAUCCUCGCACGGCAAGAAAGGAGAGACACCGUGGAUACCAACGCCGGCGUGCUCGGGGACGACCGUUUCGGCAAGCUCUUCGAAGACGAAGACUUCGCUGUGGAUGAGACGAGCAGGGAGUUCAAGAUGCUCAACCCCAGCACAACGACCGAUGCGCAGGCAGGUACGAACGGCACCCGAAGACAACGUGUGGAUUCUGAGGAAGAGUCCGAAGAUGGUUUUGUCAGCGAGGACGACGAGCCGAUUCGAAAUGAACCACAAGGUGUCUCCAUGCGGGUAUCGUCAUCCGGCCAGGCAGGAAGAAAUAAGGAUAUCGCUCUCGGCUCACGAGUGCAGAAGAAGACUGGCCGCGUUGGCAAGAUUUCGCAGGGCGAUGCGGUGGGCGAAAGGUCAAUUACUUUCGUGCCAGAAUCCAAGAAGAAGCAAAAGCCUGAGCAGCCAGCCUCGGAUAACAAACGCUCAGCACAAAGACGGAGUGCCAGCACGAACACCUUCAGGAAACUAUAA